GCGUUCUCGUGGAGCUUUUCCGGUGGCGUUUCCUGUGUUUGUAAACUGACCUGAGCUGAAAUAAAAGAGAGAAUUUGAACACUACCAAGAAAAGCCAUCGCCGCCCCAUGAUAGAGUCCAGUGAGAUCUGUGUGGCUCUGAACUGACGUCUGAACAUCUCAUCUGUUUGAACUGCUGUCAGUCACCAUGUCACACAUACCCGGCAGCUCGGUCCGGGACCACAUGAAAUGGGCAGGGCUGUUGGGAUGUGAAGCCGUAUUGUCCAGCAUGGCUCUGAUGCAGGCCAGCUCCAUCGCUGCUCCCAAGAAGAUGAUGUCUCCGCUGGGUCCGGCGUCUGCUCACGGGUCUGCCCACAGGGAUAUGCAGGAACGUGGGACACAAGGACACAUGGUCUUACCCACCAGCAUGACCUGUCCCCCACUGCUUCUGCGAAAGGAGGCUGAUUUUACAGCUCCCCGACUGCUGGAUGAGAAGGAAAUGAGACCCAGUGAAGACAUGCAACUGAAGAAAAAGACUAGGAAGUCGGGAACGCCCUCCAAAGUGCGGGAGCAAGACGGCCCGGUGGGGAAGGCCAUUGUGGAUGAAAAUGGAAACUGUCCGCUUUCUAAAGUGCAGAAGAACUUUAUCUGCGAUCACUGUUACGGGGCCUUCAGGAGCGGAUACCACCUGAAGAGACACAUCCUCAUCCACACUGGAGAAAAGCCGUUCGCUUGUGCAGUUUGUGACAUGAGAUUCAUUCAGCGUUAUCAUCUGGAGCGACACAGUCUCACUCACACUGGGGUGAAGCCGUAUGCUUGUUCCAUGUGUGACAUGCGGUUUUUCCAACGUUACCACUUGGAGAGGCACAGCCUCACACACACUGGGGUCAAACCGUACGCUUGCACCAUGUGUGACAUGAGAUUUUUCCAAAGAUACCACCUUCAGCGGCACAGCCUCAUUCAUACGGGGGUGAAGCCGUAUGCUUGCUCCAUGUGUGACAGGCGUUUUUUCCAACGUUACCACCUCCAGAGACACAGCCUCACUCAUACGGGGGUGAAGCCGUAUGCUUGUUCCAUAUGCGACAUGAGGUUUUUUCAGCGUUACCACCUGCAGAGACACAGCCUCACCCACACGGGGGUGAAGCCAUUUGCUUGCACUAUGUGUGAUAUGAGGUUUUUCCAACGCUACCAUCUCCAGAGACACACCAUCACCCAUACGGGGGUGAAGCCGUAUGCUUGCUCGAUGUGUGACAUGCGUUUUUUCCACCGUUACCAUCUGCAGAGACACAGCCUCACUCAUACGGGGGUGAAGCCUUAUGCUUGCACCAUGUGUGACAUGCGCUUUUUCCAGCGUUACCAUCUGCAGAGACACAGCCUCACCCAUACGGGGGUGAAGCCGUAUGCUUGCUCGAUGUGUGACAUGAGGUUUUUUCAGCGUUACCACCUGCAGAGACACAGCCUCACUCAUACGGGGGUGAAGCCGUACGCUUGUUCCAUGUGCGACAUGAGGUUUUUCCAACGUUACCACUUGGAAAGACACAGCCUCACUCACACUGGAGAGAAGCCGUUUGCGUGUGACAUGUGUGACAUGCGCUUCAUUCAGAGGUAUCAUCUGGAGCGACACAAGCGUGUUCACAGCGGGGAAAAGCCUUACCAGUGUGAGCGCUGCCAACAGAAUUUCUCGCGCACAGACAGACUGUUGAGACACCGGCGGUUGUGUCAGGGUCGCGGCGUGGCGAAAGUCGAAGCGCAGCCGUGCCCUUACACACAGGAGCCUCCGCCGGCCCCCACGCCCACAUGGAGCCCCCUUCACCCUGCCCCGGGACGAUUGGCUGUGUGACGCGCCCUAAGAAGACAACACACCUCUGAACACAACCACUGCCGAGUGCAGACCGCUUCCCUCCUCAAAAACACACACGGUUUGACCACCCGGGCUUCUUUUGUACUUUUUGGUAACACAAUUAGAGGGUUUUAUGGUACUUUUAAAGAGACGAGGAACAAAAACACACACACACACACACACACACACACACACACACACAUGGUUGAUGUGGGGAAUAUGUUACUAACCAAAAAACAGAAGUGGUACAACCUGUCAUAUAUAAACUGAUAUUCAUACACACUCUAUGUAAGGGACUGUUUUUAACACUGAAACACACACACACACACUCAUCACACAUCAACAGGAAAACAUUUGAUCUGAUAUUGUAAGUGUAUGAUUUUGAAAGAUGUGUAUAUUAAUGUGUGUAACAGCUGUCUUUGUCAUACAAAUCUGACUAGAAACCACGUUUGAUCGUCAAUUCACCGAGUCGGAAAUUAUAAUUUGCAUAAAGAAAAUGAAGCCUAUUUUAGGACCAAAUAGUUUUUGGAUUAUUUUGCAUAUUUUAGGGUUGUCACGACACUGGAAUUCAAUACCAAUCGAUACUGAAAUGUUGAAAACGUCCAUUUCCCGCUAACAUUUGAGCGCGUUCUUAAACAGCGCUGAUUGCCAUUGUGUUCACAUGCUCAACAGAAAUGACUGUGAUUGGCCGUGAAGGUCAUCAGUUCACUGAACUCACCGCUCUUUACUGAGUGUAACCACAGAUACAGAAACACUGGAGUGUUUUAAAGCUGCAAAGAUCAGUUGAUUCAACAGCGGAUCUCUCGUAUGUCAGCUUAUGGACAAACCAGCAGAUCGAUGCGGCUUUAAAUCACUCCAGUGUCCCUGUAUCUGUGUUUACUUUCAGUAAACAGUGGUGAGUUCGGUGAACUGAUGACCUUCACAUCCAAUCGCAGUCGUUUCUGUUGGGUAUGUGAACACAAUGGCAAAUCAGCGUUGUUUAAGAAGGCGCUCAAAUCUUAGCGGGAAAUGAACGUCUUAAAAAUUACAGUACCGAUUGGUACCGAAUUCCAGUAUUGUGACAACAGUAGCAUAUUUGAUUGAUAUUAUUUAGUUAAAUAUGCAUUUUGGUGUCAAAUAUGGGUAAUUAAAUAAAUGCACAAACACUGAAGGCUUUUAAAGUUUUCUCUAAUGCCUUUUGGAAAUUAUUAGUAAUUAAUAAUCAGGAAAAACACUACAAUUAUGAAUCAAAUUUAAGUUUUAAUGAAUUUUUUGUACCUAAAAUGCUUGGUUACAUUAAUGAGCAAGACCUUUAGUACAGUAAUUAUUGUUUUUUGUUAAUAAAUAAAACACAACUGACAGCUUUUAUUUUAAUUUAAGGUAUUAAACAAGACUAAUAAAUAGCUUUUUAGAUAGUUUUGCUUGUUGAUAAUUAGAAAUUAAAUGGUCCUAAAAAUAGGGGUUUUCUAUGUGCUAAUAUAUAAUAAUAUUUUCAGAUUUUGGAUGAUAUUAUGGGCAAAAAUGUGCGACUAAUGUUGACUACAUUAAUGAAAACGUCCAAAAGACCCACAUUAUGUUAUGUACAGAUUUAUAUGUGCGACAUAUUCCAUCUUGUGGCCUUAGGAUGUGCUCAUGUGUAUUCUAUAUAUUUCAUUUAGAUUUUUUUUACUCCUUUGUUAUGAAAAAGAUGACAUACUUUUUAUUUGACUGAAUUGCCACAGGUCAGAGAGGCUGCCUUUUUAGUUUCGUUUCUUUCCAAAGUCAUGUAAGCGUUGUAUUGCAUCGUGAAGGAGCUCAGCUGUGUUGCUUCUCUGUGGAUGUAGAUUUGUGUUUUUGCUGUAAUCUCUGCGAUGGAGGAGUUCGAGCAGUGUUUAAUUUUUUGUUCGUUUUAUUUUCUCAUGCGUGACUUUAUGCAACGCCUUCACUAGCGGUCGGCCACAGAGCAAAACACGCUGAUGUUUCUGUUGCGCCUCAUGAUAUCAGUUUAUUAACUUGUCAUAUUAUCUGCUGUUGGACGAGGCUCUCGGCUGAAUGGACUGAAUUGGGCAUUUCUGAUGGAAACGGAGGGACGUCUGCUGUUUAUUGACUGAAGAUUGCUGCAUUUUUAUGUAAUGACUGAAUAUUUUUCUUUUUAUCGUUACACGUAUGUUUAUAUAUAACUGAACUGGUUAAACCUCUUAGGUCUAUAGCAACAAACUUUGUGUAUUUUAAGGACCUUUUUACUCUAAUAUAAUUUUAAAACACUGGAGAGAUACGUGUGUGAAAUGAUAAUCUAUAAAUGGACAUACACAGUUCAAAA